CGGUAUAGUAAAAAAGGUAAAGUUACAAAAAUCAUGAGAAUACUAGAAGUGAAUAGCUGCAGAGUAAAUACACGGGGAGAGACAAAACAUCAUCGUGAUUUACAUCAGACUUGCAAGAGUUGAGUUCAUCGAUCUUAACUUCUCCGACAGCCCACCAGCUUGUGAUAAGUAAAAGGAAGCGGAAGCUAUGGCUGGUCAUGAUGAUUCAAGUGUAUCUGAAAAGAAGUCAAAUGAUAUUAGCGACUUGCCUACCUUUAAUGUUGAGAAUAUGCAAAGCAACAUGAAAGUUAUCUAUUACAGCCGAACAUUUAUGUCCAUCAUCGGAGGAGUCAUUGCAGGAGUUCUAGGAUUUACCAGUUUAAUGGGUUUUAUCUUUUAUUUCCUUGUCAUGGCAAUUACAUCAGUUGGUCUGGCAGCCAAGGCAGGGUUUUCAGUUCAUUCAUACUUUGAUAGCUGGAACAGAAUAAUACUCGAUGGCUUUCUUGGAGGACUUAUGUCGUUCGUGCUGUUCUGGACAUUUGCUUAUGACAUGGUGCAUAUAUUCUGAGGGAUCUUGCAUGACACUGGAGUGAGCUGCUGCUGUGAGCUGGCGUCUACAGGAUCUACAUUGAAAACUGAAGUUCUGGACAUUCUUUUCAGUUGGACCAAAAUGUCUCUUUGGAUUGUCUGUCCAUUUUUGUUUAAGCCUGUAUUAUGAUUCUCUUUUAUUUUCACAUAUUUUGACGAAUAGACCAGGAAAUGAGUUGUUUGGACAAGCUUGUUUGAUAAAUUUUUAGUUUCAGAGCACAAUACAUACAGUACAAUAUUUGUUAUUUCCUC